AUCAAAAAAUAUUUUUACUCUAAACGAGCCUGAUGGUCUCAGCAUUUUGUUUAUUUUGAUUAGAUUUAUGUAAAAAUUUAUUACCACUCAUAAGGGCUGAGUCCAAAAUCCAAAUUCAGUGCAAAAUACUAAGAACUUGCAAAGUUAAUUUGUUGAAAUAGUAUUUUAUGAUGACUUCUAAAGUAGUGAAAUAUGUCGGUCGUACGACAGAUUUUAAAGGAAAAACAUUAUGGGAAAUCGUGGGAAGCUUAAAAGGCUAUGGAGUUGGCAGAAUAAUAGUUCGCCAUGUGUUUCAAAGAUAUCCUGAGCCCAGCUUCAUGAAAAUCACUAAAGUAGAAACAUGUCCAGACGAGGAGCGCCGUAGGGUACGGGUUUGGGUUGAAAAAACUUUUAGGGGCCGAAGACUACCCGGUCUUACUGAAAUAUACAGAACAUCAUACAAAACAGAUUACCAAUUGAUACCAAAAGAUGAAGAAGAAAAAUUUAUGAAAAGCAUUGCUGUUCAUGAUUUUCCAGAUGUUAUAUUACCUAAUAAAAUUGAAAUGCCUCCUUUAAUGAAGAAAUUUAUUGUGAAAGAUCAUGAGAAGAAAGGCCUAGAGAUUAUCCAAGACUUUGUUCUGCCUAUUAAGUAUUCAUAUUCUCCAAAUCGGGUGAAGAGAGUAGCAGUAGGUGAUGAGAAACCAACUGUUGAGUUUACAAUGGGCUUGGGAAAGCCUGUUAGUCCAUCUUUAUAUGAAGGUGUCCGGUUAGAAGAUGAGAUUUGUAGAUAAAACAUUAAUAGGCACACAACAAUUUACAAUUGUAUAGUUAGUAAUAUAUGAUAUAAUAGUAGAAAUAAAUAAUUCAUUUGAUGAAUAA